AUAGUAUAAUCGUUAUCUUGAAACUACAAUAUGUUGUAGAUGAAUAUCGACUCAUCGUUGUUCCUCGUCCAAUGUUUAUCGUGCUCGAGAAUCAAGGCUGAGAUCACUACUGCAUCCUUGAUCUCCUCGGCCUCUGGAAGCAUGAUGAUGUGCGGUAAUGCAGCCUUAGAAGAUCCUUCUGAGGGUGUCUGCACAUGUCGUUUCCCUUCGAAGGACGCUAUACGUUUCUGGUUCGAUUCGGCGAGGAGCUACGGAGAAUGUUGUAUUCAGCAAUUGCGAAGUAUAUUAGCAUAUAUUCUUGAAACAUACCGUGAACGGCCCAUUGUCGUACUUCAUCCAAGUGUACUUCUGCCCUUUCUCUUCGAAUGUCGCACUAAAUCAAAACAAGAAGGUAACUCAGCGAGUGCUCAUUUCGGGGAGAACAGAAGGAACGUACGCCAAAGCAGUCACUUGCACAAUCAUCCAAUGGCUCAAGUGCAUACUCUUUCCCCCAGCAAAUGUGAUCGUAUCAGGUACAAUCGGGUGGUGCUGGAACACUGCGAGGGGUUCACUGCUCUGAUCCCCCGCCCGAUGAAAAAUCAUUUUCCCGUGAUGCGGAAUCCUCUCCACUUUAUAGAGCUCAUUUCCAGUAGCUCGAUCCGACACAAGGACGUCCGCUUUGGUUUCGAGGACGUCGAAGACGGCGGAAGCUUGUUCUUCAAAGGUGCCUAAGUGGGGAUAAUGAGGGACGGUUAGCAAAAAGCUUGACAAAAUAUACAAGGAAUAGAUCAGGAGGACAUACUCAUAUUUGAUUAUAGAUUCAC